AUGACAUUAGAGUCAGAAGAUGUCUUCUCAGUUCUUAUACCUCAAGAGAUGUACGAUCUCAUCAUAGAGCAACUGUCCGACAAUUCCAGUACCCUGGCGGCUUGCAGUCUCACGUGCCGGGCAUGGGAACCAAGUGCCCGCCUGCAUCUCUUCCGGACGCUGCGCGUGCCAGAAGAUACAGACUCAAUCGCUAACUGGACGCAGAGACUCCAAAACGCACCCCAUGUAGCGAGGUGGGUUCGUGAGCUCGAGGUGCCGACUUUCGUCGGGAUCGGCCAGCUCGUGCCUUCUGUAUUCCCUGGGGUCCGCCACAUUACAGUUGGCCCUGCAGUUGUUGCGAAAGACCGCAGUCGGGGUGACAUGUCGAAGUGUUACAAGGAGGACGCUUUGAGCCCGCGAGCCAUAUCCCACAUCAAGACGCUUUCUCUGAAGAGGAUGGAAAUCACUGACAUCGAGCUCGUGCUUCUGAUGUCCCAUGCAUCUACGCUCUCGUCGUUGGCUUUGGAUAAUGUUACCAUGUUCACAAUCGAUCCGGUUAGAGUGCGAGACCUCGCGCCACAGAUGCAUGGUUUCUUGACCACUCUCAACGUCCAAAAUGCGAGCAAGAACCUCGUGAAACGGCUUUUGAAAAUCAUAUCUCCUUAUCAACUUCGCAUUCUGCAAUUUCCAGUAGGAAACAUCGCAGACGCGGAGCAGUUGUACGGCAUUUUGGAGUCGCCGCUGAGCUCUCUAGAAGAGGUGACAAUCACCAUCGCCAAUAGAGCUCAAACGGACGGAAAGUUAGAACGCGAGGUUCUUUGCAACCAUCAUCUUCGCGCUCUCCACAUCCAAAUAAUUUACAACUGGAGGGAAUUUUCUUGGACACACGAGCACCACCUUGCUGCGCUUCUCCUCAGCAAGAUACACUCUUCUCGCGUCAGCAAAAUUGAAGUGACGGUGCAACUGUCCUUCUACGAGCGCAACGAUCUCAUUGCCGUCAACUGGAAGGCCAUCGCGUGUAGCGUCGCGGAGAGGACUCCCUGUCCGCCGUACUUCAUCGUGAACGUACACAAUAGGAUCAAUUAUCCUGGCUGGACAAAGGAGGCGAUGUCUAUCGUUGCAUGCGACUCUAGCAAGACGGAGAGAGGGUCGCUCUGA